UUUGGAUACAAGGAUUAAUAUUAAUAUUAAAAUACAUUUUUUGUACUAAAUGGGUGUUUUUUUGAUAUCCUAAGUUAUUAAUGUCUUUAUAAAAGUCAGUAUUUAGAAUAAUUACAAUGAAGACAUCUAGUACCAUUAUAGUUCGUCAUAUUCCUACUGAAAUAGAUGACGAACAUAAAAUAGAUUUUUUGAAACAUUUUGGCGCACAACAUGUCAAAUUAUUAACAUCCAAAGCAAAUAAGAGAUGUAUUGCAUAUGCCAGGUUCGAGUCAGAAGAAAUAGCAGAAGCUGUAGUUCAACAGUUACAUCAGAAAGAACUUUUAGGUCGUAGAUUAACUGUAGAAUUGUCUCCUACUGAUUUAGAUGUAAAUCUUAUGGUAUGCCCUAAACCAUUACCUAAAAUUGAUAAUAAUGGAGAUGAAUUUAAAAAAUUACAAGAAGCUUACUUAAAAAAAUUAAAUAGUUGGUCUUCAGGAAUUAAUAUGGAUUUGCCUCCUCCCCAUCAUCUCCGUUACAGCUACCCUGACCCAAAUCCUCAUAUAUUGGCUAAUAUAGCUUACACUCUGUCUAUUAAUAAAAAAUUUUACUAUCAAGUUCUUCAUUUGAUGAAUCGUAUGAAUUUGCCUACGCCUUUUGAUCCUGUUGAAGAAGUACGACCUCAUAUUUUUCAAAAAGUUGAAACUAUUGAUAAUUAUACUACUAUGUAUGAAACUGACCCUGAACUAUCAGAAUCUGAAAUGGAAAGUGAAGAUGAAGAAAGUAAAAAUAAAGUUGGUAAUCAACCUAUUCAGUUAAAAAGACCUAAAUCAAAAUUUUUCAAACCAAAACGUUUAAAAGUAGUCAGUGGAAUAAUCCCUAAGAAGCCAAAAUUGGAGGUUUCUCAUGUUUUUGAUAAAGUUGAUUAUGAAAAACAAAAAAAAAUUGAAGUUAAAGUCUCUGCAGAGUUAAAACCUAUAGAAGGGCCACCAGCUGACACUGAAGGAUUUGGUAUUAUUUAUUCAUUAAAAAAUAAAACUAAAGAAGAAGAAAUUAAAGAAAAUUUGUCUGAUGAUGACAUUUCUGGAGGUUGUAUUAGCAAAGAAGAAUUAGCCAACAAUAGAUUAUCAAGUAAAGAUAUAAAAAUUUUACCUGUGUUUAAGAAUUAUCAUCCUGGAGCCCCGUCAUGUAGAUUAUAUGUGAAGAAUCUUGCUAAAACAGUUACUACAGAUGAUUUAAAAUUCAUUUAUAAGAGAUUUAUUAGUUUAAAAGAACUUCAACCUGGAACAAUGUUUGAUGUACGUUUAAUGCAAGAAGGGCGUAUGAAAGGACAAGCUUUUAUAACUAUGCCAUGUGUUCAAAAUGCCAGUCAAGCAUUGGAAGAGACAAAUGGUUAUAUUUUAAAAGAUAAACCAAUGGUAGUACAGUUUGCUAGAUCAGCAACAGUAAAAUGAUUUAAUUUUAUUGUGAUAAUGUAAAAAAAAAUUUAUACAGUAUUAUACAUUUUUUUGUCAAAGUAUAAAUUAUAACCAUGAA